AUGCAGAACGACGCUGGUGAAUUCGUUGACUUAUACUGCCCGAGAAAAUGCUCGGCCAGUAACCGCCUCAUCCACGCCAAGGACCAUGCUUCUGUUCAACUGGUCAUCGCCGAUGUUGAUCCCGCCACGGGCCGCGCUGCUGAAACCUCCAAAAUGUAUGUUGUCUGCGGUGCUAUCAGAAGAAUGGGAGAAUCCGAUGACUGCAUAGUCAGACUAACUAAGAAGGAUGGAAUUUUAGCAAAGAACUAC